UGUUGGACUUCUCCUUUUCCCUCUAGACAGAGAGAGAGAGAGGCGAAGGUCAGAUCUCCUCGCUAUUGAAUCUCCUUGCUUCUGCUCAGUUAACGCGGCACCUUGAGCUUCUGUCUUGUUAUUGGUGUAUUAUAAUCCGGAAUUCUGUUUCUGGCUGUUGAAAUGUGUUUAUUAUGACAGUGUUUGUUAUGAAAGUUUGCUUCUGUCAAUUUUGGUUGUGUAAAUAGGACUGGGAGGUUUAGAAUCGGGACGAGUGAUUGGAAAAGUUUGCACACUAUGCUUCGUUUACUUUGGAGUUUGGACAUUCUGGGGAGAUUGCUUUGGAGAAUUUGUCAUGAUUCUACUUGGAGAUUCAAGUGGGAGUUAACAUCCAAAUUCCCAAUGCUAGCUCUCAGUUCUUAAGACUUGUGAUUCUAAAGGAAUAUAUUUGUAGUGGUAUACAUAGAAACAAUGGACAGGGAUAAUGGUUCUGGUGGCCCAUCAACACCUAGUGGGCCUACUGCAAGGUUACGCCGGCGGAAAGGCUCAACUGAGGUCGCUCCAGAAGUUGAAACAAACGGCGAUCGUUUACUUUUCAAUGACCGUAACAAGUACAAGUCAAUGUUAAUCCGGACAUAUUCAACUGUCUGGAUGAUUGGAGGAUUUGUCUCGAUAAUAUACUUGGGUCACCUUUAUAUAUGGGCUAUGGUAGUGGUUAUUCAAAUAUUUAUGGCUAAGGAGCUGUUCAAUUUGCUUAGGAAGGCACAUGAAGACCGGCAACUCCCUGGUUUUAGGCUCUUAAAUUGGCACUUCUUCUUCACAGUCAUGCUUUUCGUAUACGGUCGAAUUCUCAGUCAAAGGCUUGUCAAUACUGUGACUAUGGACAAAUUCUUGUAUAAGCUGGUGGGCAGACUUAUAAAAUAUCAUAUGGUGACCUGUUAUUUCUUGUAUAUCGCAGGUUUUAUGUGGUUCAUCCUUACAUUGAAAAAGAAGAUGUACAAGUAUCAAUUUAGCCAAUAUGCUUGGACACACAUGAUUUUGAUUGUGGUGUUUACACAAUCAGCAUUUACAGUGGCUAAUAUUUUUGAAGGAAUAUUCUGGUUCCUUCUUCCAGCAUCACUUAUUGUAAUCAAUGACAUUGCUGCUUAUAUUUUUGGAUUCUUCUUCGGGAGAACUCCUUUGAUCAAGCUCUCACCAAAGAAAACAUGGGAAGGCUUUAUUGGAGCGUCUUUUGCUACUAUGAUCUCUGCCUUUGUGCUGGCAAAUAUAAUGGGUCGCUUUCAGUGGUUAACAUGCCCAAGAAAGGAUUUGUCGACUGGUUGGCUAGAAUGUGAUCCUGGUUCAUUGUUUAAGCCUGAAUAUUAUACCGUGCCACAGUGGUUUCCUGAAUGGUUUCCAUGGAGAGAGAUUUCUAUUUUACCUGUGCAGUGGCAUGCAUUAUGUCUUGGUCUUUUUGCAUCAAUUAUAGCACCUUUUGGAGGCUUUUUUGCCAGUGGCUUUAAACGGGCUUUCAAGAUCAAGGAUUUUGGAGAUAGCAUUCCUGGACAUGGUGGUAUCACAGAUAGAAUGGAUUGCCAGUUACCUACAUUUGCUUCCAAUGCCCGGAACAAAUUUCGUAACGACGUCUUUCUUGAGCUACUUGCGAUUUUCUGCUUAUUAGCACUGACCAAUGUGCAGAUGGUGAUGGCCGUCUUUGCAUACAUAUACCACCAAUCGUUCAUUGUACCACAAAGCCUGUCAAUCGAGAUGAUCAUGGACCAGAUUCUAAUGAACCUGACGUUUGAGGAGCAGAGAGCUCUGUACACGAAACUCGGGCAGAUAAUCAUGGAAAAGCAGUUCGGAGAAUCCUAAAUGUCCAAGCCGUUGCUUUCGGUAGCCAUGUGUUUUUAGUUCUAGUUUUGAUUCUUCUUUUUGUGAAACUCAGUUGCCAUGUACAUGUCUUGUUUUUUUAUUCAUUUCUAUAUUUACUUUGUGAUAAUGUUGAAUUUAGGUGCUGGUAUUGUAUAGCACUUUGAUAUUUGAUUGAUUAAUUACGAUGCCUUCUAAUAGUUAACGUUUCAA